AUGGCGUCCAAGAAUGGGAUCGACCGUCGGGAUGAGGAUGAGGUCUGCCCCGUCUGCAAGUCCUCACGGUAUCUCAACCCGAACAUGCGAUUUCUCAUCAACCCAGAAUGCUACCACAAGAUGUGCGAGUCCUGCGUCGACCGAAUAUUCUCGUCUGGCCCAGCCAGUUGCCCCGUCGCAGGAUGCCGCAAGACCCUUCGAAAGAACCGCUUCCGCCAGCAGACCUUCGAGGACAUUGGAGUUGAGCGAGAAGUGGAUAUCCGGCGGCGUGUGAUGCACAUCCUCAAUCGCCGUGAAGAAGAAUUCGAUUCCAAGCGCGCCUACGACGAUUUCCUCGAACAACGCGAAGAAAUAAUCGCCAACCUAGUAUGCCGAAUCGACGUGGCGAGAACAGAAGCCCAGCUCCAAGCCUACGCACAAGAGAACAUGCAAUCAAUAAAAGCAAACCAAGCACUCGAAGAACAAGAGGCAACGUCAUUCCAAAAGAAGAUCCUCCUGGAACAAGAAGAGGCCCGAAUGCGCCAACAAAUCGCCAGAGAGGAAUACGAGAACGAGCGCCGCGAGCAACAGGCUACACGAGAAGACUUCCUUACCCGACUUGCAUCCGGCUCUGCUGCAGAUGCAGCUGCCAUCGCUCGCGAGGGACAUAAAGUGCACCUCAAGAAGUCUUCUGCACGGCGCAGCGAGGAGGAUCGUAUUCGGCAGAAACAGGCUGCUCUUCGCGGGACGGAGGUCAAGCGUACUGGUACACCUCUUACGGCGGCGGAUACUGCCGGUGCUACACCUGGAGCUGGACUUAUCAAGGGUCUGCGGAAGAUCAAGACUCCCGAGCCAGAGAAGCCGUACGAUCCGUUUAUGGGUCUUGUGCCUGGAAAGCGCGAUUACUACACUCAACUGGAGUCCUAUCCGUAUGCCUUUUUGGACAAACUCCGGUCAGAUACGACUGUCCAGGCUGGUGGGUACGAUCUGCAGGAGUAUUAUUCGCGCACUCUUUUGGAGGCAUUUGCUGGUCUGGGCUGCUUUGUUCAGGAAGAGGUUGCACAGCGUGAUGCUACUUCGUCUCUAGGGAUGUCAAAGCCUGCUUCUACUGAGGGAGCUGCGAUGGCUGCCGUUGGUAAAAACGCUGCAUAA